AUGCGUUUUACUAGCCUCGUUGCCACUGCUCUGGCCCUCGCUCCUUCAGCCGUAUACGGCUAUGGCGUGUUCACCGCACACCUGAGCGAACACGAGGGCUGCCACCCCGGCGACUGGCCCAACCAGCCCCUGGACAAGCCUGAGGCCACGGCCCUUACGCCAGACACCUGCACUAAGGUGUCGACGAAACACAGCUUCGCGAUCGACGCGUACUCGCUCUCCGUCGAGGCCAUCACCAAGGAUGCCACGUUCGACUGCCACGGCGUGGGCAUCUUCAGCAACGACGAGUGUGUCGGCUACCCCGACAUGAUCGUGCCUAUCCACCCUAAAGAUCACCACAUCCAGACUCCGUGCUUUUCGGAUGUGCACUACGGGCGACACCUCUCGCUCAAGCUUUACUGUGAGAAGGAUUAG